AUGACUUUCUACGAUGACAUUUACCCAUUCUACCCUCUACAAAGAACUGCCUUCAUCUUCAGUGGCCGCUUGCUCACCAUUAUUCUGGUUUUCCUUGUACUAGCAGUCAGUCUCCUUCUCAUUCUGCCAGGGAUACGAGGGAAGUCGCGUCUGUUCUGGAUGUUCAGAAUCAUUAUCAGUUUGUUCAUAGGUGCGGUGAUAGUGGCGCUCAACUUUACCAGCGACUGGGCUGAGGCCAGCGUGACCACAAACGCCACCUACAAGUCUUUCAGCAACGCGGUGAUUAACGCUGACAUCGGCUUGCACGUCGGGCUGUACGGCAUCAACGUUACCUUGAAAGGGAAUCCUGUCGUACAGUUCAACGAGACCAUUAACUACAAUGAGGUGUUCAGCUGGCAUGGCACUAUGAAGGAAGAGUAUGAGGACGCCCUGGAGAGAGGUCUACCCAACCCCAUCCUCUACAUCGCUGAGAAAUUCACCCUGACCAGCCCAUGUGGUCUCAUCUUUCAGUACAGAUACUCUGGACGAUACGCUUCUGCAACUCUCUGGACAGCGUUUUGCUGCUGGAUGCUGGCCAACAUCCUCUUCUCCAUGCCGGUCAUUCUGUAUGCGGGCUACAUGAUGAUAGCCACCGCUGCCUUCAUCUUCUUCUCCAUGGCCUCAUUCUCCACCAUCAUGAAUGUGCCUCAGUGUGUUUUCUCUAUAGGAACUGCCUCCUUUGAAACAGAAUACAGCCAUUCAUUCUGGCUGGCUCUGGCUACAGGUGUGCUGUGUACCAUCAUUGGGAUUCUAGUGGUGAUGUUUAACUGUCUGGUACCAGAGAAGAUAAAAGAGGCUUUCAGUGUUGGAGUGGACAGCUAUGACGAUGAUGAUGUUUCUUAUGGAGAGGGCUACAUGAAUUCUGUUUUCAUCGAUGGAGUAACAAUUUCACCGUUGACAACAAAGAUUACAGCGGACCAUAUAUGA